AUGUCAUGUUUUACGGCUAAACCGUAUGACAAUUUACCUGGUUGUUCAAGUCCAGCUGCAGUCAGAGUGAUCACUACACCAAUUUUUUUGCCAUCAUCUACACAUAUUGGAACUAAAAAUAAGCUUCCAAUACCCUUUCCGCCUGAAUCUGAUCUUUCAAUUAUUAAUAAGGUAGAUGAUAAAGUGGAAGCAGACGAUGAAACAUCGAGAUCAAGAAGAAGGUUUGCAAGAAGUUUAAUAGAUAAAAUAUUUCUAUUCCCAGAAAAGUUUUAG